UGCUAAGUUACUUAUACUACCAUAGUUAUAUUUUUGUCUUAACAGUUCAUGAAUUUACUUAAUACGUAUUUAGAUAAAAAUGCAAGUAUUAUACUUUUUAUGUAUAUUAUUAACAGUACCUUUUAUUACAGCGUUCAUUCCAUUUGAUCCAAGUCUAGCAUGUGACGAUGAAGAAUUCAUGUGUCAAACUGGUGGCUGUAUUCCGCACAAUUAUGUGUGUAAUGGAAUAAAUGAUUGUCCCAACAGUGAAGACGAAAACUUAAAAAUGUGUGAAAGCCAUACUUGUUUUCACAAAGAAUUCCGAUGCAACACUGGUAGAUGCAUUCCGAAUAUUUGGUUAUGUGAUGAAACGAGACAUUGUCCAAAUGGAGAAGAUGAAAGUAUAAACAUGUGUCAAAGCCGAUUAUGUUCUAUUAAAGAAUUCAGAUGUAUCACUGGUAGAUGCAUUCCAGACUAUUGGUUAUGCGAUAACACUAAAAACUGUCCUUACGGCGAAGAUGAAAACGUUGAACUUUGUGGAAAUCGUUUACUGUUCUGAAUUGUUAAACCAUUAUAUAAUUAAAUUUUAAUUUAUCAAUAUAUAAGUAUAUCUUGUAUUAUGUAUUAAAUUAUUUUGUGAAAAUAUUCUUAGAUUAUUUGAAUUGUUUCAUGCUACAGGAAUUAUAGUAUACUUGAUAAUAAAUUAACCAAAACAUUCA